GCGGUGACGUAGUACACAACACAAGAACCGAGAAGAAGCACGUGGACGACAUGCCGUCUGGGUCAUUAUAAAUUAUAGAAAUUUAUAAUAUUUAUAAUGGAAGAAUUAAUCAUGGAAGUUGUCGUCGGUACUUAUGACGAGGUCCUACUCGGUUAUAAGAUAAUUAGGGUUGCAGAGGCCUACCAGUUCGAUCAGAGUUUUACAGACCAUUCACAUAUGGGAUGUGUGAAAACCUUAUCAAUAUCAAAGAAAGGGAUCCUAGCGUCCGGUGGUACAGAUGAGACGAUCCGCUUGAUUAACCUUAAGAAGAGGACAGAACUUGGUUCCCUAGUCCAACAUUCAGGCACGGUGACGUGUUUGAAAUUCCACCAAGGCAGUCACAUGUUCAGCACGAGCGAGGAUGGCACAAUAGGGAUGUGGAAGUACUUUACCUGGGAGUGUUUGAAAACUCUUCGAGGACACACGUCGGCCGUUAAUUACAUUUCCAUUCACCCAAGUGGGAGGCUAGCUCUGUCAGUGGGACGAGAUAAGACGCUACGUACCUGGAACCUGAUUACUGGGCGGUCUGCCUACACCACCAACAUCAAACAAGAGGCUUCUCAGGUUGUUUGGUCCCCAAGUGGUAACCACUAUGCUGUGGUCUUUUUCACAAGAAUCGACAUAUAUAAUACACAGACAGCUGAAGUCAUCAGCACAGUGAAAACAACACACAGAGUCAAUGACUUGGCUUUCAUUUCUAAAACAGUACUUGUGUAUGGAGGAGAAGGAGGACAGGUGUAUUUCUACAACAUCGUCAACAAAACCACUGUUCAUAACUUAGACACACAGACAAACAGAAUUCGAGCCAUGACUGUUGUGCCUGCACCACCAGAGGAAUGUGAGGAGAGCAUUGAAAACAGCCACUGGCUGUUCACAGCCUCCAGCGAUGGACACAUCAAAAUAUUCAAAGUACAGUGUGACGAGGAUGAAGUGCAUACUGCUCUUGUAGUUUCCCAUAACACCACCUUCAGAGUGACGUGCAUGGCAGUGUCCGUGUUCAAAAGUAAAUCCAAAGAAGGCACAAAGAAAGAUUCUCAGCAUGUCAAUGUCAAAAAAAUAAAAGGUGAAUCACAGGAGGUUGUCACGGAUACAAAGACAGAAAAAUCACAGAAGGAGGCAUCAAAAGGCACAUCUCGGGACAAAUCACAGGUGGCUGAUAAAAAGUUGAAAAAAGUUGGGAAAGUCUCCAGGAAAAGAAAGACUGAAACAGAAUCACAGGAUUCUGGAGUUAAUGUGUCACAUGAAGUUCGCAGUGAGAAUGAAAGCACGAAAACAAAGAAAGUCAAAUUCAGUGAAACUGUUACAUCAGAAAAAACAACAAAGAAACUUAAAAAAAUCAAACAGAAAAAAGAAGUCGCAAAAUCUAAAUGCCAUGUUACGUUUCCAGAUGGUAAACAGAAGAAAAAGAAGAUGAAAUCUUGAUUUACAAUAAACAAUUUUAUUCACAGAAUAUCUUAAUGAUUUAUAGUUGUAUGUCAAUCAGUCUUAAACAUUAACAGAACACAAACAAAUACUUCACGAUGUACACUCAUCUCCCUUUCCACAAAUUUUAUUCAGAUUAUAUGAUGUAAAAUGAAUUGUAUCUGCGAUACUAUAUUGAGGAAUAUUUGAUACAAAUUAACAUUUUUUGUAGCACCAAAGAAUAAACCAUUGUCUACAUUGCAAGUAGCCCUCAAUUCAAAUGUUAGUAUAU